AUGACUGCUCCCUUUGAUGGCUGCCCCUUUUUUUGCUCCGAACGUAAGCAUCAAGCUUUAGCUAAUCCUAAGUUGACUGCCCUUGAUUUUUCUUAUGUUUGUCAAAGAUAUUAUAAAUAUGGUUGGAUGAGAGGUUGUGGAGGAGCAAUGGCAUGCUUACAAGGUAACAUCCUUUUUGUCACUCCUGAAGAUGUGCAAAAAGACAGGCUGACACCAAAGCAAAUAUUCAUUUUGAACGUUGAGACGAAAAUCCUUGAACAAUCUCCACCAGAGCUUCAACCAACAUUAAGCUGUCCUAUUUUCACUGCCUUGAUGCUGGCAACUAGAUGUGCUACUGUAAUUCAUACCAACAGCCCUGUUGCUCGAGCAAUCUGCCGGUUGAGCAAGAAACCAUACUUCGAAAUUUCUCACAGAGAGCAUCUGUCACAAGUCCCUUUUCCUGUUUACGACAAUUUACUUUCUAAUACGAACACAAUGAAAAUACCAAUUAUUGAAAAUCAGGCUACAGAAGAUGAAUUAGCUAAAGAAAUCAACAGAAUUGUAAACAUGGGUCUUACCACUGAUGGAGUUUUAGUGAGAAAUAACGGUCUGAUUGUUUGGGGAUCAACAUGGGAAGAAACUGAAUUUUUGGCAAAAAGUUUUGACCGAUUAUUUAGAAUAGCAUUGACAUUGUCUAGGCAAGGCAAGCCCUGGGUUGUUAAUAAUACUCACUUAAGAGACCAACCAAUGGAAUAUCGAGAAAUGAAUAAUAAUACCAUUUAA